AGGAUGGCGGGGGACAACUCCACGAGCGACACGCACGCCCUUGGGCCGCAGCUGAGUGUGGCGGACAUUGUCAUCAUCGCGGUGUACUUUGCCCUGAACCUGGUCGUGGGCGUGUGGUCCUCCUUUCGAGCCAGCAGGAACACGGUGCGCGGCUACUUCCUGGCAGGCCGGGACAUGACGUGGUGGCCGAUCGGAGCCUCCCUCUUUGCCAGCAGCGAGGGCUCAGGCCUCUUCAUUGGACUGGCGGGCUCGGGUGCGGCUGGCGGCCUGGCUGUGGCGGGCUUCGAAUGGAAUGCUACAUACGUGCUGCUGGCCCUGGCGUGGGUGUUUGUGCCCAUCUAUGUCUCCUCGGAGAUCGUCACCAUGCCUGAAUACAUCCAGAAGCGCUUUGGAGGCCAGCGGAUACGCAUGUACCUGUCUGUCCUGUCCCUGCUGCUGUCCGUCUUCACCAAGAUAUCGAUUGACCUGUAUGCAGGGGCUCUCUUUGUGCACAUCUGUCUGGGCUGGAACUUCUACCUCUCCACCAUCCUCAUGCUCGUCAUCACAGCCCUGUACACCAUCGCAGGAGGCCUGGCCGCCGUGAUCUACACAGAUGCCUUGCAAACGCUUAUCAUGGUGGUGGGGGCUGUCAUCUUGACUGUCAAAGCUUUCAACCAGAUCGGCGGGUAUGAGCAGCUGGCGGCAGCCUAUGCAAGGGCCAUCCCAUCCAGAACCGUCCCCAACACAACCUGCCACCUGCCACGUGCAGAUGCCAUGCACAUGUUCCGAGACCCCCACACAGGGGAUCUCCCGUGGACUGGAAUGACCUUUGGUCUGACCAUCAUGGCCACCUGGUACUGGUGCACCGACCAGGUCAUCGUGCAGCGGUCACUGUCCGCGCGGGACCUGAACCACGCCAAGGCGGGCUCCAUCCUGGCCGGUUACCUCAAGAUGCUGCCCAUGGGCCUGAUUGUGAUGCCAGGCAUGGUCAGCCGUGCGCUGUUUCCAGAUGACGUGGGUUGCGUGGUGCCAUCCGAAUGCCUGCGGGCCUGUGGGGCCGAGAUCGGCUGCUCCAACAUUGCCUACCCCAAGCUAGUCAUGGAAUUGAUGCCCAUUGGUCUACGGGGGCUCAUGAUCGCUGUCAUGAUGGCCGCACUCAUGUCAUCGCUGACCUCCAUCUUCAACAGCAGCAGCACACUCUUCACCAUGGACAUCUGGAGGCGGCUGCGGCCACGCGCUGGCGAGUGGGAGCUGCUGCUGGUGGGACGGCUGGUCAUUGUGGUGCUGAUUGGCGUGAGCGUGGCCUGGAUCCCCAUCCUGCAGGGCUCCAACGGUGGGCAGCUCUUCAUCUACAUGCAGUCGGUGACCAGCUCCCUGGCCCCCCCGGUGACUGCCGUCUUCGUCCUGGGCAUCUUCUGGCAGCGUGCCAAUGAGCAGGGAGCCUUCUGGGGCCUGAUGGCAGGGCUGGCGGUGGGAGCCGCGAGGCUGGUCCUGGAAUUCUUGCACCCGGCCCUGCCCUGUGGCCACGCAGACACGCGGCCGGCCAUCCUGAGCAGCUUCCACUACCUGCACUUUGCUGUCGCCCUCUUCACACUCAGUGGCGCCGUGGUGGUGGCCGGAAGCCUGCUGACACCAGCGCCCCAGAGGGCUCAGACCCAGAACCUCACCUGGUGGACUCUGGCUCAGGACCUGCCUCCGGGAGCCAAAACAGGUGACGUCCAAGCAGCCCAGAAACAUGCUUUCUGGGCCCGUGUCUGUGGCUUCAAUGCCCUUCUCCUCAUGUGCGUCAACGUCUUCUUCUAUGCCUACUUCGCCUGACGCUGCCCCCGGGCAGGCGGUGGGAGCCCUCAGGGCCAAUCUUUUCCCCAAUGAAGACACCCAGGUCCAGAGAAGGGUGACACUCCCCCCCGCCCCCGGCUACAUGGCGGGUCAGUGCCCAGGGACUGGCUGAGCCAGCAAAACAGGAACCCUGAAAAGUAGGGAGGAAACUAGAGAAAAAAGUGUGAUACUUCAAAAAUGGUAGUUAUACUUGGAAAGAAAAUUAGAUUUCUGA